AUGGCUGAAAUACUUGAAUCAUUUCCAGCGUCGAAGCUGGGAGAGUACACGGUCAUUGAUGAGAUUGCAGAGGGGACGUUUGGCAAAGUCAAGAUGGCUAUUCACACGAUUACAGGGCACAAGGUCGCCAUGAAGUUUAUCUCGAAGCAGGUCAUUGUGGCGACCAAGACCAAGACACGAGUGCAGCGGGAGGUUGAGUAUAUGCGAGCCCUCAGACACCCCCAUAUCAUCAAGCUGUACGAAGUGAUAUCAACACCAACAGAUAUCAUUAUCGUUCUGGAGUACGCCGGCGGCGAGCUGUUCAACUAUAUCGUCGAGAAUGGGCGUAUGGAAGAGCCCCAAGCCCGGCGGUUCUUCCAACAACUCAUCUCUGGUAUCGAGUACAGCCAUCGCCUAAAGAUAGUGCACCGAGAUCUCAAGCCAGAGAACGUCCUCCUCGACUCAGACCUGAAUGUCAAGAUCGCUGACUUCGGUCUCUCGAAUGAGAUUAAGGAUGGUGACUUCCUGAAGACAAGUUGUGGAAGCCCCAACUAUGCUGCGCCAGAAGUCAUCCGAGGAGGUCUAUAUACUGGGCCCGAAAUUGACGUAUGGAGCUGUGGUGUUAUCCUAUAUGUGAUGCUCUGUGGUCGGCUACCUUUCGAGGAUGAAGACGUUCAGACGCUGUUUACGAAGAUUAGCCAGGGUGUUUAUCACAUACCGUCAUUCCUAACCACCGACGCACGCAGCGUAAUCAACGGCAUGCUGGCCGUUGACCCUGUCAAGCGCAUCACAAUCCCUGAGAUUCUACAACAUCCGUUCUUUACGACCGACCUGCCUCGGUACCUCCAGCCCUUGCCUCCACGACCAGGACCUGUUUUGGGCACGUUGUCUUCCCUCGUUACGCCCCCACCCAAAGCCCUCGAUUUCGAGAUCAUAGACGGUCUGGGGCGUAUCGAGGAGGACGUUGUGGACGAACUCGCCACGCGCAUGGAGGGAGUGGACAAGGAUGACGUUUGGGAGUCACUAAGGCGAGACGACGGACCCCAAGGCAACGCCGUCAAGGUAGCAUAUAUGCUGUUGCGGGAUAAACGGAGGUUGGGACGAGAUCUCGCUGAGUUCGAAGAGCAGGAACGAGAUGCACAGCUGGCUGUAAUGGACCCUCGGAAUCUUCUUUCGCCAAAUGCGCUGUCGUCAGCCGAACUCGAAGAGAACCCCUUCGAGUCAGAAUUCAUCGGGUACGACGAAGAAGAUGACGACGGCCUCGACUUCUCGACUCCUCAGAACGAAGCUGAAAUCAACAAUUUUGCUGUCCUCGACUCAUCUCUUCCAGAACAGCUUCCUGAACAACACCAUCUUGCAUCGUACGCAAGCGCGAAGCGACAAUGGCCUGUGAAAGAGAAGAAGCAGCAUAGAACGAAAUGGCACUUCGGGAUCCGCAGCAGGUCGCCACCGAUGGAGGUGAUGCUCGAGAUCUACAGGACGCUCAGGACACUGGGCAUGGAAUGGAAGGCGAAGAAAGACCUGGGCGGCCUGGGCGACGUCAGGAGGGACAAGCGAAGCGGGGAGAAGACGAAGGUUGAGCGUGCGCGCGAGUACGACUCGCCCGGAUAUGUCGACCUGCGAGCCGCCUCUUCGAUAUACUUCAUUGAGACUAGGGCGCGCGUACAAGACGUUGUGGUUCUGAUGAAUCUCCAACUGUACAUGGUCGAUUCGAUCAACUACCUCGUCGACUUUCACCACAAGAAGACGUACAAGGCCUCAGCCGAGCCUGGUGCGGGGAAGUUCGAUAUGGCACACCCCGAUCUGAGCAUGUCGGAGACAGCAUCACUGGAGUCGAGUCGCUCCCUGAAGGAGCUCAACAUGCGCGAGGAUGAGAUUGUGUCGCCAUUCGUCUUCAUGGAUGUCGCAUGUCGGCUGAUACUCGAGCUCGCUGGCGGAUCGGAAGCGUGA